AGGAGGAAAAAGUUUUUGUGACAUCCAGGAAAUGAGUAACUCUGAAGUCCUGUAGAGCCGGCCGCUGUAGGCCAGAAGGCGGGAGCCAGCGGGGGCAUCGCCGCUCGCGCCUCUCUAAGUGCCAGGCCACAAGCUCCGACGCAGCCGCCUACAAGCUGCGGCACCCCGGCCCCCGACCCGCGCGCAAAGCCUGUGCUGCAGCAGUCUUCCCGCGGCGGGGAUCGGGACCGGGGACCCAGGCCAAUCGAAAGCUCCAACCAUGGCCAUGGGGCUGUUCCGCGUGUGUCUGGUGGUAGUGACGGCCAUUAUCAACCAUCCGCUGCUGUUCCCGCGGGAGAACGCCACGGUCCCUGAGAACGAGGAGGAGAUCAUCCGCAAGAUGCAGGCGCACCAGGAGAAGCUGCAGCUGGAGCAGCUGCGCCUAGAGGAGGAGGUGGCUCGGCUGGCGGCCGAGAAGGAGGCACUGGAGCAGGUGGCGGAGGAAGGCAGGCAGCAGAAUGAGACACGUGUGACAUGGGACCUCUGGAGCACCCUCUGCAUGAUCCUCUUCCUGAUGAUCGAGGUGUGGCGGCAGGACCACCAGGAGGGCCCCUCACCUGAGUGCCUGGGCGGUGAGGAGGAUGAGCUGCCUGGGCUGGGGGGCGCCCCCUUGCAGGGCCUUAGCCUGCCCAACAAGGCCACGCUUGGCCACUUUUAUGAGCGCUGCAUCCGGGGGGCCACGGCCGAUGCAGCCCGUACCCGGGAGUUCCUGGAAGGCUUUGUAGAUGACUUGCUGGAAGCCCUGAGGAGCCUCUGCAACCGGGACACCGACAUGGAGGUGGAGGACUUCAUUGGCGUGGACAGCAUGUAUGAGAACUGGCAGGUGGACAGGCCGCUGCUGUGCCACCUUUUUGUGCCCUUCACACCCCCCGAGCCCUACCGCUUCCACCCAGAGCUCUGGUGCUCUGGCCGCUCAGUGCCCCUGGAUCGCCAGGGCUAUGGCCAGAUCAAGGUGGUCCGCGCUGACGGGGACACACUGAGCUGCAUCUGUGGCAAGACCAAGCUUGGGGAAGACAUGCUGUGUCUCCUGCAUGGCAGGAACAGCAUGGCACCUCCCUGCGGCGACAUGGAGAACCUGCUGUGUGCCACAGAUUCCCUGUACCUGGACACGAUGCAAGUCAUGAAGUGGUUCCAGACGGCCCUCACCAGAGCCUGGCAUGGCAUCGCCCACAAGUACGAGUUCGACCUGGCCUUUGGCCAGCUGGACAGCCCGGGGUCCCUGAAGAUCAAGUUCCGUUCAGGAAAGUUCAUGCCCUUCAACCUGAUUCCUGUGAUCCAGUGUGAUGACUCGGACCUGUACUUUGUCUCCCACCUUCCCAGGGAGCCCUCUGAGGGCACCCCAGCCUCCAGCACAGACUGGCUCCUGUCCUUUGCUGUCUACGAGCGACACUUCCUCAGGACGACACUGAAGGCGCUGCCCGAGGGCGCCUGCCACCUCAGCUGCCUGCAGAUAGCCGCCUUCCUGCUUUCCAAGCAGAGCCGCCUGACCGGCCCCAGCGGGCUCAGCAGCUACCACCUGAAGACGGCCCUGCUGCACCUCCUACUCCUCCGGCAGGCGGCCGACUGGAAGGCGGGGCAGCUGGACGCUCGUCUGCACGAGUUGCUCUUCUUCCUGGAGAAGAGCUUGCUGGAGAAGAAGCUCUACCACUUCUUCAUUGGCAACCGCAAGGUGCCUGAGGCCAUGGGACUCCCGGAGGCCGUGCUCAGGGCCGAGCCCCUCAACCUCUUCCGGCCCUUCGUCCUGCAACGAAGUCUUUACCGUAAGACACUGGACUCCUUCUAUGAGAUGCUCAAGAAUGCCCCAGCGCUCAUUAGCGAGUAUUCCCUACAUGUCCCCUCAGACCGCCAGCCUACCCCAAAAAGCUGAUGUCUUAUAGAGCAUGUGGGCCCUCGAGCUAAGAUGAGGGCAUCCCUCACGUUCACACCCCUGGUGGCAUCUGCCAGCCCUAUUCUGGGGACAAGAUGGGCUUUCGUGGGAGCCGUGCUCAGCCUGCCAGGAAGCCAAGCCCUACAGUACAGAGGAAACAGAAUUUCAGCGGGAAGCUGGUUUGCUUUCAU